AUGGCUUCAUCUACUGUCGCUCAGCAUGCUACGCAGCCAUUAAAUUUUGGACCAGAAUGGCUUCGAGCAUUAUCAACACCUGAUCCAGCAACGCCGGCGCCAUCGUCCAGUGGAAGUGGAAAUAUUUUUAAGUUUUCGGCAACAAAAUAUCGUUAUUCGAAAGAUGAAAUAUUAGCAUUACGUGUUAAUGUUUCUGAACGUUUAAGUGAAACUGUAAAAAAUGAAAUCAUGGAAAAUUUAAAAGAUGUUGAAAGUGUUUUUCGUCCAAAUAUAAUGGAUCCUUUAUCACUAACUCCACCCACUUCAGAAGAAACUGCUAAAAUGAAUGCAUUAUCAAGCUAUAUAUCUGGUCGAACACCGGGUGGUGCUGGUCGUGCUGGACAUAAUUCUCAACAAUCACAACAAGAUACGCGAAGUAAUCGAGGUGGUGGUGGUGGUUCAGUAUCAAAUGGCCGAGGUGGUUCAAGAGGUCGCGGUGGACGUGAUCAUAAUUAUGGACCAAAUCGUGCUAGUAGUAACAAUAAUAAUAAUAAUAAUAAUUCAGAUGAUAACGGUGAAAAUGAAAAUACUGGUGAUGAACCAUCAGCAUCGUCGACUUCGUCUUCAUGGUCACGUGGGAACUAUCAAUCUCGUGGUGGAUCAUUUACAAAUCGAGUACGAUCUUUUGAUGAUCGGGAACAAUCACAAACAUUUCGUCGUGGUGGUGGUAUAAGUACACGGCAAACAUCAGAAGUUUGGCGUCGAUCACGAGGGGAUGACGAUGAAAAUAAUCAACAAUAUGAAGAUACAUCAACAACAGUUAAUGGUUCAAGUUCAUGGACAGCUCGGGGGGGACAAACCAAACGUGGCGGUGGUAGUGGAUCAAUGGAGCAACGCACAAAAUCAAAUGAGAAAUGGAAUUCUAAUGACGAUCGACCUAGCCAAUUGAAUAGUUAUGAAUCAAAUCAACAACGUAGUGGAUGGCGAACGAAUUCAUCGACAUCUGAUCGUGAUUUUAAUUCACGUCGUCAGCAACCUAAGCGAGAUCGGAUGCCUGAAUGGAUGGAUGACAAUAAUGAUGAUAAUCAAUUAAGUAAUGCAACAUUUGAACAAGAUGGAACAUUUACUAGAUCAUCAUCCAUUCAACAAAAUAAUAGUAAUGAACAAUUUAAAGCACAAUCACAAUCAGCAUCUGAUGAAUCAUUAUCACAACAUAAUUCUGAUUCAUCCAGACAGAAAGAAGAAAUUCAACCUGAAAAACCAACAUCAAAAGUAGAUACAACAGUUGUUAAUGCUUCUGUUGCACCUGAACCUAUUAUUUCUCAACCAACACCUCCCGUGCAACAUUUUCUUCCGUCAUGGGAUGAUGAUUAUGAUCAUAGUGAUGUGGCAAAAACUGUUGUUGAAGCAACUCUUGCUGAAGAUCAUGAUUAUUCACCACCAAUAUCUGCGAAUCCAACGCCUCGUCUUAUUUCAAUAGAGCCAACCCCAUCGAAUGUGCCUAUUAUUUCACAGCAGCGAACAUCGGCCAACAUUGAUGAUAAACAAUGGUAUUAUAAAGAUCCUCAAAGUACAGUACAAGGUCCUUUUUCAUCAGCCGAUAUGGAACGUUGGUUUGCUGCCGGAUAUUUUACUGUUAAUUUGCCUGUCAAACGUUUGGGUGAAGCACACUUUUCAACUAUACAACAGUUAACAAAAGAAUUAGGCCGUUUACCGUUUCGUACUGAUGUUUCAUCACUACCAUCUACACCUGUACAAAAACAACAACAACAACAAUCAAUGGGACCUGAACCACAAAAAUUUCAUCUCCCAUCAUCAGCAACAACAAAUAAUGCCUAUAUCGAAGAUUAUCUCAUGCAACAAUCCCAACUGAGACAAAAUGUGCAACAUUCAACGAUGUUCAAUAGACAAACAUCAAUGCCAGUAUCAACAAAUGAGAGAAAACCAAUAUCAUCUUCAUCGAAUAUGUCAUCUCAAUUACCAGCAGCAUAUUUUAAUUCUCAACAAUCAUCCUUAUCGUCAAUGUUUUCAUCAAAUCUGGCCAAUGAUCCUGUUAGAAUUUUUCAACAACAACAAUUACAACGAAGUUUUUCAUCAACAAAUCAACAACAAUCCAAUCCUCUUGUAUAUGAUGAAGUGCAACGUUCAUUACGUAAUCUUUCAUCUCAAUCAUCAUCAUCAAACAAUAAUUCAUCAUAUUUUCCUUCAAAUAUAUCAUUAGCACAACAACAAUCGAAUGAUUUAAUGACACGUUUAUCUCAAGCAAUGCAAACACAUGGUAAACAACAACAAGAAAAAAUUGAUGAAGAACGUCGCAUUGAACAACAAAGACGUGAAAUCGAAUUUGAACGUCUGAAAUUAUUUCAACAAGCUGAACAAAUACGUUUACAACAUGAAGAAGACGAAAGACGUCAAUUCGAACAACAAGAAUUACGUAAAAAACACGAAAUAAAUAAUAAUAGACAAAUGAUUUUUGAUCAAUUAGCAAAGCCGAUGGACAGUAAAAAACAAUCAACAAUGGAUAUCGAUCCAUUUUUAACAUUUCAACAAUCAAUUCCCUACCAAAAAGAGCAGCAAGCUAAUAUUGAAGCACAACAAGCAGAAAAUAUUCGUCGAUAUCAAGAAAAAUAUCGAGAACAACCACAACCAUCAAUGUAUAAGGUACCUGAGGCAAACAAUUGGAAUCGACUUCCAUCACAAACUACUGAAUCAGCUCAAUUAUAUAAUCUUACUGAACUUCAAAAACAAGAACAAGACAGACGUUCGCGAGAAGCAGCUGCUUUUGCUCAUCAAUACGCUAAAUCUCAGACUUUACCUAUACCAAAUUUCGCUCCAUCGUCAUCAUCAUCAGCCAAUAAAACGAGUUCAUGGGCUCAAACAUUAUUUGCCGUUACCAAUAGUGGUAAUAGUAAUGUUCCAUCGACAUCAAGUCAUAUAAUGUCGGAUUAUGAUACCAAUGAGAAUACGUUUACUGAAUCAUCAUCAUCUAUAGCAGCUUAUAAUCAACAGGCAACGAAUGCGCCUAAAUCUCGAUCAGCUACUAGCCAACAAUCAACAUCAUGGAAUACACCUAACAAGGUUUCUAAUACAUUACUACAAGAUACUCAACGAUCACAACAAGAAACACAGAACGAUGCCAUACAAUUACAACAAUCACAUCAUAUCACAUCUGGCCAUUCACUAACAUCUGCUCCCACAUGGCCAAGCAAUGUUCAACAACAACAACAACAACCUAUUUCAUCUCAACAGUCGCCAUCAGGAUUAUUCUGGGCUAAUCAAAAUUCUUCAUCAUCAAAUAAACCUAUAAUGACAAAUAACAAUAAAUCAUCAGCCCCAUGGACCGAAAUAAAACCUACGCCGUCUUUACCAACAAUAACAUCUGAAAAAAUAAUUUCAACGAAUGAUGACACAAGAAAAAAUGAAAGCGAAACAAAAAAUAUAUUUAAUACAACACGCACACAAGAUGCUCUAUCACGAUGGACUCAAGCUCAAUUUAAAGAUAAUUUCAAAGACGUUGAUGUACCAACGCUUGUUCAGUUAUUAAAAGAUAUUGAUAAUGCUGGUGAAAUUAUCGAAUAUAUACAACCUUAUAUAGGAACAGUUAGUAAAGCUAAAGAAUUUACCAAUGAUUUUCUUUUAAAACGAAAACAAUUAGCUAACGCUGAGCCUGACUUGGAUAAUGAACGUUUAAUUGAAUUAGUUAUGGCACCAACAUCAUGUAAUGAUAAUAGUGGUAGUGGUGGUGAUGAUGAAGGUUUUCAAUUAGCAUCAAGUAAUGGACAAAAGAAAAAAGCAAAAAAACUGAAAGGACAAAAAAUAGAUGGUAAACAACGAGAGGAUGUUGAUAAAGUACCAACAUAA